ACAGCCCAUCGGCUCCAGUAAAUGUCACAGUCAAACACCUGAAAGCCAACUCAGCCGUUGUGACUUGGGAUGUUCUGGAAGAUGAAGUUGUCAUUGGAUUUGCAAUUUCCCAGCAGAAGAAGGACGUGCGGAUGCUGCGCUUCAUCCAGGAGGUGAACACCACCACCCGCUCCUGUGCCCUCUGGGACCUAGAGGAGGACACUGAGUACAUUGUGCAUGUCCAGUCCAUCAGCAUCCAAGGCCAGAGCCCUGCCAGUGAGCCAGUCCUCUUCAAGACCCCCAGGGAAGCUGAGAAACUAGCCUCUAAAAAUAAAGAUGAGGUGACAAUGAAGGAGAUGGAGAAGAAAAACCAACAGCUGCGAGCGGGGGAAAUUCUCAUCAUUGUUGUGGUGUUGUUUAUGUGGGCAGGGGUGAUCGCCCUGUUUUGCAGACAGUACGACAUCAUCAAAGAUAACGAGCCAAAUAACAGCAAGGAGAAAGUCAAGAGCGCCUCGGAGAACAGCACUCCCGAGCACCAGAGCGGAGGGCUCCUCCGCAGCAAGUUUCCAAAAAACAAGCCCUCAGUGAACAUCAUUGAAGCGUGACAGUCUGCCGUCUGAUCGAUGGACUCCAUUCCUCACCCUCACUUUCUGCCUCUGAGCCUUGACGACUGGGGAGGUGAAAUAUUGUCGGAGCAAUUUGGAAGGAGCCCGAGCGAUUGUCACUUGCUGGCAUCCGCCUCCUCGUCUGUGUUCUGCAAAACAUCUGGCCAGAAAGAAAAACCCUGCAAACCCAGACAAACAACCCAGACAAACGACAAAGAUGGGAAAGCAUCAGUGAGAAAGCUGCUGCUGGUGAUCCUGCACCGGACUCGUGAAUCACCUGGGCCGGAGCAACUUCUCACGCACUCCUCUCC